AUGGUGACAACUUUCAAGAUUGCCGUGCUGGGUGCUCAAGGGGUCGGAAAGAGUCAGUUCCUCUACAACGAGUUCAGCGAGGUCUGUGUGCCCACCAAAGCCCGCCGCAUCUACCUGCCUGCCGUGGUCAUGAACGGCCACGUCCACGACCUGCAGAUCAUGGACUUCCCACCCAUCACCUCUUUCCCAGUAAACACACUGCAGGAGUGGGCGGACGUGUGCUGCCGAGGCCUUCGGAGUGUUCAUGCCUACAUCUUGGUCUAUGACAUCUGUUGUUUUGACAGCUUUGAGUAUGUCAAAACCAUUAGGCAGCAGAUCCUAGAAACGAGGGUCAUCGGCACCUCUGACACGCCCAUCAUUAUCGUGGGGAACAAGCGGGACCUUCAGAAAGGCCGGGUCAUCCCGCGCUGGAACGUCUCCAACCUGGUGAAGAAGACCUGGAAAUGCGGCUACAUCGAGUGCUCAGCCAAGUACAACUGGCACAUCCUCCUGCUCUUCAGUGAACUCCUCAAGAGCGUGGGCUGUGCCCGUUGCAAGCAUGUCCACACCACCAUCCGCUUCCAGGGGGCCCUGCGAAGGAACCGAUGUACCAUUAUGUGA